UCACAGCCUUCCUUUCAGCGCUUGUUCUCUUCCCUUCGUGUAGGUGGGACAGUUCAUUCAAAGAUGUGCAGGAAAUAGGAGAGGACAAGAACAGUUACAAGAAACUGACUCAAGGCCUGACCAAAUAUGGACUUAUUUUGCCCAAGAAAACACCACAGAAAACUCUUGUUACAAAGAAACCUUCAGUAUUUGCAGACGACUCGGAGGAGGAGACCUCUGUGGGUGAGAGUCUUCAAAAAGAAGCACUGAAAAAACAAGUGAUGAAGCAAACUAAAUUAGAGAUUCAAAAGGCCUUGGCAGAAGACUCUACAGUUUACGAAUAUGACAGUAUUUAUGAAGAAAUGCAGCAGCAGAAGAAAGAAAGUGAUGCCAAAGUGUUGUCAGGAAAAGAUGACAAAAAGCCAAGGUACAUCCACAGUAUCCUCAAAGCAGCUGAGAUAAGAAAGAAGGAAGAAGAAAAACGAAUGGAUAGAAAAAUUCAGAAAGAGCGUGAAAUGGAAGGAGGAGAGUUUGAUGACAAGGAGGCUUUUGUAACAUCAGCCUAUAAGAAAAAGCUGCAAGAGAGGGCCGAGGAAGAGGAAAGAGAGAAAAAAGAGGCAGCGCUGGAAGCAUGUCUGGAUGUAACCAAGCAGAAGGAUCUCAGUGGAUUCUACAGACAUCUUUUAAACCAGCAGGUUGGGGAAGAAGAGAUGCCCAAAUGCAGCCUUCGUGAAGCCAGGAUAAAGGAGGAAAAAUCUAGCAGUACUUCUGAUGAAGCCAGCCAAAGGAACAGAAUUCCAGAGGAUGGACUACAACUCAAAACCACUCCUAAGGCAAAGGACAAGGAUAAUCCAGAUGCGGACACUGAUUUAGAAAGUGAGAGCAGUGAUGAUGAGAGAAAAUAUAAAAACACCAAAGUUCAUUCUAAAAAGAAGGAAAGUCGAGACAGUUCUGCAAGCAGCGGGGAAGAUCCCCAGCAUCACAGGAGCCGGAAGCACUCCACGUCAUCAAGAUCAUCCAGUGAUGAAGGAGGUCACCAUGCAAAAGCCCAGUCAAAUCAUCCUCGGAGAGAAGAGAGUGGGACAGGUAGAAGGGAAAGCGAUGAACAGUACAGGGAAACCAAUUACGAGAGAAGAGGCAGGGCCCAGGAAAAGGAUCACCAAAGGAAAAAGGAAGACCAGCACAGAUAUGGAGAUCAUAGCAGUAAAGAUAGCUACAGAAAGAGGGAAGAGCAGGAGGACAAACGUAGAGGGAGAGAUAGAAAAGAGAGAGAAGGAUAUGACCGAGAAUGGAGAAGAGAGAAGGAGAGGGAAGACAAGCAUGCAGAAAGGGAGCGAGAAAAAGAGAGGUUAAGAAAUGGCAGAGACGGAUACAGUGAGAGAGAAAGGGAGAGAGGGGGGAAAUGCAGAGAGAAGGAGGAACCUGCAAAGGAGAAGAAAGAGCGAGAUGAUAAAAGUGAAAAGAAACACAGGGACAGGAAGGAGAGCAGUCCUAGAGCCUUCGAACGAGACAGCCAGCCUGAUCCUGAAAGAGAGCGGGAGAGGGACGAUGAAGGAGCCUCGAGCUCUGAAAAGCGCAGGGCUGAAGAGGGAGGGCUAAGCGAGGCGAAAGAGCAGACGGAGAAGCCGUCAGACGGUGUGAACAAAUUCGCCAAGCGGAGCAGCGAGGAGACAGUGACGUUGGCAAGGGACCGUUAUUUGGCUCGGCAAAUGGCACGAGUUAGCACAAAAUCCUACGUAGAGAAAGAAGAGGAUUAGCUCCAUUUCAGUGGGUAAAAAAGAGAUGGUAGACUCUCGCUGGUGAGAAAAUCGCUACAUCAGGGACUCUGCCUCCAAGUAAAGUUUUCCCUGGCUGCUUCCUGGGGGUUUUGUAACAUCCAUGCAAAUUUAGUAAAACAACUUUUUUUUGGAAUAUGUAAGUAGUUAAUUCAUUUUGUGCCUGCAUUUGGUCAGUUGUAGAGGGAAGAUGUUUAAUUUUGCUGGUUCUGUUCAUGUUGGCUUUCAACAUCCUGUCCCCCUGUGUCAUUGAGACCGGGCCACUCCUAUAGAGGCUAAACCGAGACAGGUAAGAAUACCACAGUCCCUGCUAUCAUAUAAUCCCUGUGACCGCUUGUAACAGCAGCAACUCUGCUGAAGCAACAGCAUGCUUAUUAAAAGACAUCACUGUUCAGAGAAGUUGACAAAGAUUGAGGGAAACACAAAACUAAACGUUGGGAAAAUGCAGAAAAAAAAUCCAAAAUUAUAAUUUAGCAGAACCCCGUAUAUAUGGGGUUUUUUCAUAUUGACCUAUUGAAAAUGUGGGGUUUGGUUUUGUUUCUAGAGCUUGAUGUAUGGAAAUAACUAAAUAAAAUGUACAUUCUGUACUAU